AUGAAUAAACAUGAUGAUAUUGAUGAGAAAAUGAAUGUUGAUUCUGUUGCAACCGACGUAAUUGAUCAAACAUAUUACGUGUGUCUUGAUGAAAAUAAACAAGUAGAACAAUGUUGGAUAAAACAAUCAAAUAAACGAUGGAAACCAACUGACUGUGAUAACGGAUACAAUUAUAUUUUGAAACCUUUAACUAAUAAACUCAAUGCAUCAAAUUUAGUCCAGUUGACCCCUGUUUUUCUCACUGAAAAUAGCAAUCAAAAACUAAAAAAUAAGGAGCAAGUGAAAAAUCGAAUAGUCAAAAAUCAUGGCUAUUCUGCCAAUGAAAUGCUGAAUAGUCCAUUGCAAAAUCGUAGAAUAAAUGAAUUUAUGCCAGAUGAACAUCAUCAAAUGCGGCUUGGUGAAGAAUAUAAUUUUUAUCGGCGUUUAGAAAAACGGACACUUCCUUCUAUCCCUUGUCCUCCAUGGUGUCAGUGUAAAACGUAUAAAAUAGCAAAAGGUAAUGACUGCUGCAAAAGUAGGGAAAAAAGACAUAUGAUAAAUAAAUUCCAUAUUGACAAAAAAACAAAGUUACAGUUAAAAUUAUUAAAAUUACAACAACAACAACAAAAAACAAUUCAGGCACUCUUUGCACGACCACCAUCAUCGCACUUUUCUUUGCCAUACGGUGAUCCAUUAAGUUCGAUAGAACUACAACAAAGAACAAGUUACAAAAAACAAAAUCUAAAACAUUUUAUACACAAACCAAUAGCGAUUAAUUCAAUAAAUCCCAAACUUUCUAUAAAAUAUAAGUGA